CCUGAAAGGGGACUGAAACUAUUUAGGACUGACCGCCAUUCAGUGGAUCACUGCUUGAGUUUAUAUUUAUAUUUUUGUGUAACAUGGAAUCUUUUCUGGGCCUGCUCAUAAUGACAACAGCCUUUAUCUCACAGGUGACGGCUAGUUGUCCGGCUGUGUGCGAGUGCCCUGCGGGACCCCCGAUAUGCCCACCCGGGGUUAGCGCUGUACCAGACGGCUGUGGCUGCUGCAAAGUAUGCGCUGCACAGCUUAACCAGGACUGCGGCCCCAUAAAACCUUGUGACCAUCACAAAGGGCUGGAGUGCAAUUACGGCAACGAUGUGACCGUGGCCUGGGGUGUCUGUCGAGCCAAAUCUGAAGGACGCACAUGCGAGUACAGCGGCAGGAUCUACCAGAACGGCGAGAGCUUCCAUGUUGGAUGCAAGCACCAGUGUACCUGCAUAGACGGCGCUGUGGGAUGUGCGCCUCUCUGCGAUGACAGGCUGCCUCCGGCCUCGCCGUCCUGCCCGUUCCCAAAGUUGGUCAGGAUACCCGGUCAGUGCUGCUUCACUGUGGACUGCCACAAAGGCCCUUGGGGCCUUCCUCCUAAACAUCACAAAAAGAUGUCCUUUCCAAAAAGACACCAAUCCAAACCGGAGCGUCACCCUGCCCUGCGACCUCGUGAAAAUGAUCCGCUCAUGGAGAACGACAUCACACCUCUCAGAACGAACGGCUGGGAAGGUGAACGAGGUUACAAUCACCUGCCAGUGUGGGGCCCCCUGAAGAAGUGUCCCAUCCUCACCACCGACUGGUCCCAGUGCUCGCGCAGCUGCGGUAUGGGCGUUUCCUCCCGCCUCUCCAACAAGAACCCUCAAUGCAAGCUGGAGAGGGAGACCAGACUCUGUACAGUACGGCCAUGCAACGCUGGGACUUUUCCAAGCAAGGCACAGAGAGGAAAAAGAUGCUCCACCGCCCAAAAAGCGCCGUCGCCCCAGCGCCUGUCCUUCGGGGAGUGUGUGAGCGUGCGUCUCUACCGCCCCAACUUCUGCGGCGUCUGUCCGGACGGACGCUGCUGCUCGCCACGCCGCACGCGCACCGUCCCCGUGACCUUCGCCUGCCCGGACGGCCAGCGGUUUCAGAGGUCAACCAUGUUCAUUCAGUCGUGCAAAUGCAGCGAGGACGCGAGCGGCCACCUGAACGACGUGGCGCUGCCGCCACGGCACUGGAUGUACGGAGACACGCACAAGUUCAUAGAUUAAUGUUUUUAUUGCGAUGGAUGGACGGCGGAAGAAAACGACGAGCCAACUUUUUUAUUUUUUUUCCCUCAUCUGGCUCCGAGUGAGUAAAGAGUGCGUACACACACCUGCCAACAAGCAGGGCGCCCCCUAGUUGUACUGCGUCCUUGUCAGACCUGGGAGCUAGAUUCAAAAACACUUCAGGAUCGCUUGUUCUGAUGCUAGUAUUUUGGGAGCUUGCAGACAGCAACAUGACCUUUGACACGGUGGCCACAACUCCAAGUCGCUCGACGCCAAAUCCCAUGAUGCAUUGGUCCCACUUGACAACCAGCAAAAGAACUCUUGAGGUUUUUGCAGGGAAUAAUGACUUUGACGCGGCAGUUUUGAAACACAGACUGCACUAGUUUCUGUAGAUUUUUUUUUUUUUCCCGCCGCUAGUGGUGGAACGUGUGACGCAUUUCUGCUCGAAAGUAGAGAUGUCCGAUAAUAUCGGACUGCCGAUAAAUUAUCGGUUUCAAAAAGUUAAAUUUAUGACUUUUUAAAACGCCGCUGUGUACACGGACGUAGGGAGAAGUACCUUUUUAAAGGCACUUCCUUUUGCGUGCCGGCCCAGUCUCACAAGAUCUACGGCUUUUCACACACACAAGUGAAUGCAAUGCAUACUUGGUCAACAGCCAUACAGGUCACACUGAGGGUGGCCGUAUAAACAACUUUAACACUGUUACAAAUAUGCGCCACACUGUGAACCCACACCAAACAAGAAUGACAAACACAUUUCAGGAGAACAUCCGCACCGUAACACAACAGAACAAAUACCCAGAACCCCUUGCAGCACUUACUCUUCCGGGACGCUACAAUAUACACCCUCCGCUACUCCCUAUCCCCCCGCCCAUCUCAACCCCCCCCACCCCAACCCCUCCCACCUCAACCUCCUCAUGCUCUCUGAGGGAGAGCAUGUCCCAAAUUCCAAGCUGCUGUUUAAAGGCAUGUUUAAAAAAAAUAAUGCACUUUGUGACUUCAAUAAUAAAUAUGGCAGUGCCAUGUUGGCAAUUUUUUUCCAUAACUUGAGUUGAUUUAUUUUGGAAAACCUUGUUACAUUGUUUAAUGCAUCCAGCGGGGCAUCACAACAAAAUUAGGCAUAAUAAUGUGUUAAUUCCACGACUGUAUACAUCUGUAUCGGUUAUUGGAAUCGGUAAUUAAGAGUUGGACAAUAUCGCAAUAUCGGCAAAAAAGCCAUUAUCGAACAUCUCUACUCGGAAGUGAAAAAACAUGGACUGCGAAUUAAAUUGGUUGUGUCGCAACUUGCUCAAAGUUACAUUUUUCAAAACAAAAAAGAACGCCACCGACGUUUUUGUUAUGUUGCAGCCUUAUUCCAAAAUGGAAUAAGUUCAUUUUCGUCCUCAAAAUUCUACACACAACAC